CAACCCACCGACCAAGCACCUCUCUUCCCUCACAAUUUCACAACAACAGCACCCUGACAAAAUGUCGUCCUCCAUGCAAAACCCCGCCAAGGACAUCAUUUCCUGGAUCGAGAAACUUGAUGGCCACCCCCAUAGCCUCCACGCCGACAAGCGAUUUGGAUACGCGGUCGGCUUGGUGACUUGCGCUUUGCAGAAAGGCUACACCAAGCACGAGCUGAAGCGCAUUACUUGCGACUAUGUAGUCACCCAACGACAGGAACUCGUCCUCGUUAAGAGUGACGUCCAGAUCAAAAAGAUCGGUCACAGGGAGCUCCUCUGCCGCGACGUGCUCGAUGUUAUCAUCGAGCUUGAGAAAAACGCUAAGCGCCACGAGCAGGCCAAGGCCGACAAAAUUGCGACUUGGAACGACGAUGUUGUCGCCAUGAAUGGCUGUGCGGUCUACGAUGACAAGCAGCCUGUCAUCGACGAGAACCUGGUUGUCAACGAGGACAACGUCGAUACCCUCGAGUUUGUUCACAUCACUGCAAGCGAUGCGGAGUGCUCAGUGGAGGAUGCUUCUGACUGGGAACUGGUUUGAAGGGGUCCCAUGCAAACUGCCAGGGGAAUUUUCAUGAUAGGUAUCAUUCAGUGGGAUGCUUGUAAUGAAGAGGAAAUAAUGGACGUUAGGGUUAUUUGCAUGCGUAUGGCAUUCGGAAGUAGAAAAUUUUAAUUCAAACUUUACC